GAAGGAGCCGACCGUUUUGUUGACGCGAUCAAUACAUUCGUGAAGGACGUCCUUAUUCAGGAACGUGCUCUUACCCAGUACAAAUACAACGACAUGACCAUCAAGUUCAAACUUGAUAAUGAGUUUGAGCUAGUUUUCGUUGUUAUUUACCAAUCAGCGAUGCAGCUGUCGUACACGGAUAAGUUGUUGUCGGAUGUCCGUCAAAAGUUUCGGGAUAUGUACAAAAAUGUUCUGUUGAAUAAACAGAUACUAUACCAGUACGGACAGGAGUCAUUUCGUCACUUCGAAUCAGAAUUUUUAUGUAUUCGAGAUGACCUCAUGAGAUCAAAUGUGCAAUCCACGGGUAUUCCCAAAAAGCCUAGAACAUUCCAGGAGAGUGUGAAAUCACAAAAGACCAUCGAUUCAAUGAUCAUCAGCCGUCCAGGUGAUGGCAAAAAAGCGAAGAAAGGUGGAAGAGAAGCCCCGAAAAAGGUUAUGCGCCUUUCUGUCGCAAGCCAGGAAAUAAUGAUUGCAUCGACAGAUUCUGGUAGUGAUGUGGGCUCCACGCCGGGUUCUCCAAGCGAUGAGAUUGCGAAGCGUAGAGAGGUGUUGCUGAGAAAGAUGAAUGCAAAGAAACCAGCGGCUGCCAAAACACCAGAGAUAGAGCCGAAGAAAAAAGGAAAACAAGCACGUGUUUGGGAACUCUCGGGUGAUGUGAAGAACAACACAAAUCUCGAUUACUUCCGGAGAAAAAGACAAGGUUGUUGCAUUUUGUCCAACUUCGAGAACUCUAAUGCUCGUGGAGAUGAAGAUCUUGCCUUUAUCAGUGAGCAGCGUAAGUACGUCGGUCGAUCUGCCCAACUUCAAGGAUUCUCGGAUGGAGAGGAUGAUGACGCAGAGGAGAUUGUUGCCGCUGCGCAAACGAAAGGAUCGUGGUUCGGUGCGUUCAAGAAUUUGGUUGGAAAUAAGCAAAUUUCCGCUGAAGAUAUUGAACCAGUUCUGGAGACUAUGCGUGAAAACCUCAUACUGAAAAAUGUUGCUGCUGAACCAGCGGAUAAGAUAUGUCAGUCUGUCGCGCGUAAGUUGGAAGGCAAGGUUGUGAGCACCUUCAGUCGAGUCAGUUCAGAAGUAAAGGAGGCCGUCAGGGAGUCUCUCACUCAGCUGCUGACUCCUAAACGUCGGGUUGACAUCUUAAGAGACAUUGUUGAGGCGAAACGUGAAGGGCGUCCCUAUGUUGUUGUUUUUUGUGGAGUUAAUGGAGUAGGAAAAAGUACGAACCUGGCUAAGAUCACGUUUUGGCUCAACGAGAACAAUCAUCGUGUGUUGAUUGCCGCCGGAGAUACUUUCCGUGCUGGAGCUGUUGAACAGUUACGUACCCAUACAAAACAUCUCAAUGCUCUUCACCCUAAUUCAGUCCAGCUCUUCGAACAAGGCUAUGGAAAAGAUUCGGCCAGUCUAGCAGCCGCUGCAAUAGGAAUCGCUGCCGAGCGUGCUAUUGAUGUUGUCUUGGUGGAUACAGCCGGGCGUAUGCAGGACAACGAACCGCUAAUGAGAGAACUGGCAAAGCUAAUAAGAGUGAACGAACCUGAUUUGGUUCUAUUCGUUGGCGAAGCCCUUGUUGGAAAUGAAGCUGUGGAUCAGCUCGUCAAGUUUAAUCAGGCUCUUGCUGACAACGCCACACCAGGCUCAACACCUCGUUUAAUUGACGGCAUUGUUCUGACGAAGUUUGACACGAUUGAUGAUAAGGUGGGCGCCGCUGUUUCAAUGGCGUACAUAACUGGCCAGCCUAUCGUCUUCGUCGGCUGCGGGCAGACUUAUAAGGACCUUCGCAAUCUUAACAUUGGUGCAGUGGUUUCGGCUCUUCUGAAGUGA